UUCACAAUUACCAGUAAAGGUGAAAAUAAAAAUGACUAAGUUUAAAUAGCUAAAAUAAUACUGACUGACUGAUUCUUUAUAAAGUUAUGCUCUGUUAAUACGAUUACAAGAUAUUUAAACGUAAAACGAUGAAUAUUCCGUUGCUACGCCAGUUCUUCGUGGUAAGCUCAGCACUACUAGCAGCAAUAUCUACAGGCGGUAUGAUGGGUCUGUCCAGCAUUCUAGUACAGCAGUUAAAAAGGAACAACAGUGACAUAAAAGUUGACCUUGAUACAGAAUCAUGGAUAGCUUCAGUUCACGGCUUCGCUGGUAUACCGAGUAUUUUUAUACCAUACCUGAUGCAGUGCUGGGGUAGGAGAUUUGGUUUCCGCUGCAGCUGCUUAUCUGUGUUGAUCGGCUGGAUCAUCCUUUGCUUCGCCAACAGUUCCUUGACUAUAAUAAUGGCAGAAAUAUUUCAAGGCGCAGGCAUUAAAAGCUUACUCGUAGUUUGCAUGGUGACAAUCAGUGAAAUGGUUGAACCUAAAAUCAGAAACCAAUCUAUCGUUUCGUACGGAAUCAUUCAAACAUUUAUCGUACUAUUCGUUCCCACAGCAGGCAACUUCCUCCACUGGAAAACAAUAAGCCUUAUUUUGUGCUUUCCGCUCGCAUUGGCCAUUAUAUUUAGUUUUAUUUGGCCUGAAUCACCUGCGUGGUUGGCAUAUAAAGGCAGGUUUGAAGAGAGCAAAAAAUCUUUCAUAUGGCUACGGGGUAAAAAUAAAGAGUCGCUGGCAGAGAUGAAUGCUCUUUUUAUUGCUCAAAGAGAAUUUUUAAACUCCGAAAUGACCAAAGAAUCCCCGAAACGUAGUAGGCUGCUAUUAAGAGCUGCAUGGCAAAAAAUAAGCCGUCGAGAUUUUUACUUACCAAUUUUUCACAUGUUCGUACUACUGUCGUGUUAUUAUUGGAGCGGUAAUUUAUUGAUAGUUGUAUACCACCCUUUACUUGAAAGAGUUAUAGAGAACAGCGAAUCAGCUUUUAUUGCAAUGAUUUCAAUAGUCGUAGCUUUUAUAAUUGGGAAUGUAAGUUGUCCGAUUUUACUAAAAUAUUUUGGCAACAAAACCAUUCUUUUAACAGGCGGUGUGUUCUCCACAGUAUUUUUGUUAUGUUCUUCUUCUAUUUUUUACUUACAGGUAGUAGGUAUAGUGGCAAUAGAUUCCUCGCUCUGCUUGUAUCCUUUAUUAGGGUUUACGGUAUGUUCUUCCACUGCAUUCUAUAUGGUCCCUUUCGGUGUUUCAACAGAAAUUAUACCUUUACGACAUCGAGGGGUAGCAGGAUCAGUUUACAUAAUUUUGAUGAGUAUAUCAUACACUAUUUCACUCAAAAUUGCCCCAUAUUUAAUCGAUCAUUUAGGAACAUAUGGAAUAUUUUUACUCUAUGCAUUUAUUUUGAGUUUAUGCCUUACAUGGAUAUGGAAAUAUGUACCAGAAACAAAAAAUAAAACGUUGCAAACCAUAGAAGAAACCUUUGUUGGAAGCUAUAAAGAUCCAUCUGUUGUUAUUGAUGAAGGAAUGAAUGAAAGUUAUUAUUUAAAUGAUAAAGAAUAAAGUUUUAGUUAAAUUUCUCUCAAUAAAUG